AUGGAAAAAGUUGAGAAUUAUGAUGCUGAGUCGACAGAGAAGAAGCGCGUUGGAUCUUCGGACCGCCUUGUAUGUGAUGGAACAAGUAAUGGUGCUGCUGAUCACAAGCCUCUUAUCGUUCAUGGAACAUCUAGAAGAUUGACUGGUCCAGCCAGAAGAUCAUCUAAGGCUAACUGGACAGAGAAAGAGGAUGACGUCCUGAGAGAUGCAGUUCAAAGAUACAACGGAAAGAGCUGGAAGAAAAUCGCUGAAUGUCUCCCUGGACGAACAGACGUCCAGUGCUUGCAUCGGUGGCAGAAGGUUCUGAGCCCUGAUCUCGUUAAAGGACCCUGGACUAAGGAGGUUGUGAUCUAUGAAGAUAGUCUUCUGAUUGAGUUGAAGCAGAAGCAGGGUGACAGGAAAUGGUCUGAAAUUGCAGAACACCUUCCAGGCCGGAUAGGAAAGCAGUGCCGGGAAAGAUGGUGCAACCAUUUAAAUCCAGACAUAAAUAAGGCUGCUUGGGCAAAAGAAGAGGAAAUGAUCCUUAUCAAGGCCCAUGGUGUAUAUGGGAACAAAUGGUCUGAAAUAGCCAAGCUUUUACCUGGAAGGACUGAGAACUCGGUGAAGAAUCAUUGGAACUGCUCUCUGAAGAAGAAACUUCAUUACUAUUUGGCAAGUGACUCUGCUCUAAAUCAUCCUCGAUCUGCCAGACCUGCUCUGCAUGGCAAUAAAACAGAAACGAAUCAGAAGUUUGUUGGGGCAAAACAAAACAUAAGCACCAAAUGUUUACACAAAGAGAAACUGCAUUCUGAAAACGAUGGCGAAUCAUGUUACCCGAAUUUGGUUCCAGAGUCCUCUGGCAAUUUCUCCAGCCUUCCGCCUUCUUCCAGAAAAGCAAAUAAUCCAACAUUCAAUAAGAUUGAAUCCAUGAAUAGCAGUACUUCUUUGGAUGAAAAUGAGUGUCAUUAUGGUUCACAAGGUUAUAUCAGCUCCACGCCUCAAGAAACCUUGUCUAAACAUUCGUCUCUGUGUCUGAAUUCUAGCCGUGAUGUGAUCCAUGACGAUAGAAAUUUUACGAACUCAAUCAGGCCAAGACGGCACAGUGAUAUAUGUAAUAACAUUGGGAUGCACCAGAGUUCAUCAGACUGGUCUUAUACUGGCUUAUGCUAUAAGCCAAUUCAGGCGGCAGAUCUGAACAUUUUCUUGGAAACAGGUAGAUUUCCGAGUACGGAUAGCUACAUUCACCAACCAAACAGAUCCAAGUCUGUCCCUCCUUCAAGCAAGCACAUGAAGGCAUCGGCCGGUUCAUACAGCAGCCCAAAAUCCCUAUUGAGGAGUGCAGCCCUGAGGUAUGACAAUGUGCCAUCUAUUAUAAGAAAACGAGCAAUUCAGGCUUCACAAAAGGUUGUCCAACAUGUAGAUGAUGAUCAAGAUCAGCCAUCAAAACAACCCGUCGGCUCAUCUCCCAAGCAUCAGAAGCUUGAAAACUUUGCAUUGAUCAUCAAGUCUGGGGGGAAAUGCCUGGAACAAGAAUUCUCAUAUGCAUGA